AUGUUCGGGGGAGCGGCGCCCGGGGGCAUGGACCCCUCGCAGAUGGCGAUGCUGCAGGCGCAGCUAGGCGCCGGCGGCCUCGGGGCGGCCGGGGGCCUCGGGGGCCUCGGGGGCCUCUCCGGCCUCGGGGGCCUGGCAGGCGCCGGAGGGGCGUCCUUCCCCGGCAUGCCCGGGCUCUCCGGCAUCCCCGGCAUGCCCGGGCUCUCUGGCGGCAUGCCAGGGCUCCCUGGCCUCGCCGGCGGCCUCGCCGGCCUCGGCAUGCCCGGGCUCGGCGGCGGCGGCGCUGGCCUCGGCGCGUCCAUGGCCAGCUCGGGGGUGGAGAUGUGCGGCGACUUCAGGCGAGGCGUGUGCUCCCGGGGAGACAGGUGCCGCUACUCGCACGGCGAGGCGGGAGGAGCGACGGCCGGCACGCGGAUGGCCGCGGGAGCGCUGCCCACGCCGCCGGGCGUGGAGAUGUGCGGGGACUUCCGCAGGGGCGUCUGCCAGCGCGGCGACCGGUGCCGCUACUCGCACGGGCAGGAGGCCAAGGCUGCCGCCGCAGCCGCCGCGUCAGGCCUCCCUGGCCUCGACUUCAUGAACGCGGCCGCCGCGGCGGCUGCCAGCUCCCUGAGCGGCCUGGGGGCCGGAUUGGGCGCUGGCGCCAGCGCCGUUCCCGAGCCCAAGGACGAGCCCCCCGAACGGCCCGAGCGGCCCGCCCCCCGGGAGCGGGAGCCUGCAGAGCGGCCCGGCGGCGGCUUCGGCGCCCCCCGCCGCGCGGCCGAACGAG